AUGGCUUUGCCUCCGCCUCGAAACCCUCCCACCCUGAAGUAUCGAUUCCUCAUCGCCUCCAGAUCCCCGACGGGGUUCCGGAGAGAUCGACCAUCAACGACGCGCUUGUCAUCCGCAGCUGGGAGAGCGGGUGGUGCUUCUAGGGACGCCGGCAAGGCCAGAUAUUCGGCUGCUACAAUCUCCGGUUCUGCUGGCCAACCAGCUUCGUCCGACUCCCCGAAUCCACACUCAACGACACGAUGGUAG